CUUUCCUCUUAUCACAGAACUCUAUCAAAAACUCACAGCUUCUCUCCUAUCCUUUUCAGUAACCUCACACUUUUUCUCUUUUCUCUCUCUCAAUCGAUCGAUUGAUGAAGAUCAAGUGCGACGUCUGCGACAAAGAAGAAGCGUCGUUGUUUUGCACCGCCGACGAAGCUUCUCUAUGCGGUGGCUGCGACCACCGAGUCCACCACGCUAACAAACUCGCCUCCAAACAUCUUCGUUUCUCUCUCCUCUAUCCUUCUUCUUCCGACAUCUUAUCUCCUAUCUGCGACAUAUGUCAGGAGAAGAAAGCUCUGUUGUUUUGUCAGCAAGAUAGGGCUAUUCUAUGCAAAGACUGUGAUUCAUCGAUCCACUCAGCCAACGAACACGUCAAGAAACACGAUAGGUUUCUUCUUACAGGUGUUAAGCUCUCUACAACAUCCUCUGUUUACAAACCUACUUCAGAAUCUUCUUCUUCAAGCAGUCAAGAUUGUUCUGUCCCUGGACCUCCUUCUUCCAAGAAACCUCUCUCAGCUCCUCAGAGCAACAACUCCAAGAGCCAACCUACUUCGAAGGUAGGUGGUGAUGCGGCGGUGAAUCAGUUUGGAUCCACAAGCACGAUUUCAGAGUACUUGAUCGAUACGUUACCUGGUUGGCACGUUGAGGAUUUCUUAGAUUCCUCGCUUCCUCCUUUUGGUUUCUCUAAGAGUGGUGAUGAUGAUGGAGUGUCACUUCAAUCUAAGAAUAUAGGGAUUUGGGUCCCUCAAGUUCCUCAAACUCUUCCUUCUUCAUACACAAAUCAGUACUUUUCUCAGGACAACAACAACAAUGUUCAGUUUGGAAUGUACAACAACAAAGAAACAUCACCACAAGUGCAGAUGUAUGCUCCCAUACAAAACAUGAAACAACAAGGACAGAACAAGAGGUGGUAUGAUGAUGGUGGCUUCACUGUCCCACAGAUUACUACGACUACUAGUUUCACUCAUCCUCCCCUUCCUUCUAACAAAAGGCCCAGAUCUUUCUGGUAAUUCACAUGUGGUUUUUGUUUGUUUUCCCUUUUAAUCUUCUUGAUUUUUAGGGUUUUUUUGUUCCGUCUUUUGUACAUUUUCUGAGUGAUUGAGGUUGCUGUUUUAAUAUUUUGUAAUAAUAUGCAAAUUUUUUUCCUAUGCUAAUAAGUUUUCAUGGAGCAAGACUUUAUAUUGUUUUCAUUUCUCAAGGGAAAUAAGUCAAUAUUUAAUGUAUAGUAAGUUCCAAAU